AUGGACAAGCUUUGGAUGGUUUGUGGCGGUGCCGACGUGAAGAUCAUGGAAAACAGGUAAUGGAUUGGAUUCAUGAAGAUGAAAAUGGACAGGUUGGUGUUUGGAUGUUCGAAUUGAGCUAAAAUAAGGUAAGUGUCGGGGUCAAAUGGACGAAAACGUCUAAAAAUUGGUGUAAUUUCGGAUUUUCUCCUUCUAAUCGUCUUUUUCAUGCUUCAUUCCAGAUAUCCACUGAUUGUUCGAUAAUUUCCAAGACGGUGUUGAUGUCAUGAAUAAUCUUCAGGCCAAGGAAAUCAUUGCUGAGGCUCGUUACUUCAAUUGGAGUCCUGCCGUAAAAACAAAUUUGAUGGUGGAUUGUUGAUGGAAUGGAAUGUUUGGGUGAUCGAUGAUCCUUCACCCUUUUUUUGCGAACACUUUGGAAGUCUUGUGAAGGUGGUAACUCCAAAGAGUCCAAUGUCAUGAUGGUGAAUUUUGAUGUUGGUCAAGUCGGUAAGUCGGUUUGCUGGGGUUUUUUGAUGUUAAGACUGAGAGAAGAUGAUGAACACGGUGUUUUAGCCGAUGUGUAAAGUCUCUGAAAAAGUCCACGCGGCACGAAACCGUAAAUUCGACGAGCCAUAACGACGAGAAAUCACGUCCACCUGGAGAACAGCACAGAACACCUCGAGAAGUCAUUCAACAAGAUUCGGACAAGAAGAACGAGGACAAAGGCCAAGAACAAACUUCAAUAACGUCCAUCCAUGGACGAGACGAGCUCCCCACCCCUUGGAAUUUGUCUAAUGCGACUCUAACCGUGAGUAAUCAUCGGAGAAAUGGUCCAGUAGAUGUCGAUCUUCAACAGCCAGUCCAUUACUUGAAUUGGUCCAAAUGAGAAGGUCCAGGUACUUCGUCGUGUCAUCAAGUGGUAUCUUACACGAAACCCCGGUUAUAAGCCAACACAAGUCAAUGGAUAUAAAGAAUAUAAAGUAAUGUAAGUAUUUAUUCAAAUAUUUUAUAAAUUACAAUUUUAUAAAGAUAUGGAUAUCCAUUUGUAAUGGUUGAUAUUUCAGGACUCCAACGUGA